UUACUCCCACCGGAACGAACGGGGUCGCCAAGAGACCGCGAGAUCGUUACAUCAGAUCAACCACAUACACUCGUUAUUGGCCGUGCAACGUGUGCUCGGUUCCUCUUUAUUUUCCAUCGACGCGCGACAUUCGGCUAUUUCGACCAAAGUUAUCAUUCUCCGUUGGAUACUUUGACGGGCGGUCCUGGGAGCCGAGUCUUUUGCACAGCUUCAACAUGAGAGGUUUGCCGGCUCUUUUGUUGGGCCUAGCGGCGUUGACUUGUUACGUCAACGCGUUCGCCGAGGCCACUGUUGAUUCUGCCCACGAAGAUGGCUAUCACUACGACAAGAUAGCAUCGAGUGCAAGCGCAAGUAGCUAUAGCGUAUCGAACGCGGAGGAAACAGAAUCGAACGGAGUUGUAAAGGGCCUCAAUGUCAAGAGUAACAAAAAGUAUGGAUUCAGUGCGAGCGGUGCCUUCCAAAACCAACAGAGCUACCAGUCCAGUGGUUCUUUGAACGGCCACGUUCCAUCCAACUUCCUCGGCACUGGUUCCAAUGCUGGUGUUGGCGCUACUGCGAGCGCCAGCAGCGGAGCUAAUGCCAAUUUCAAUCUUGGCCUGAACGCUGGAUCGAAUAAUGGUUUGAAUGGCGCAGCCGCAGCUGGCGGAUCUGGUGCCAACGUUGGUCAACUGGGGUCACAGUAUUGGUGGAUGCAAUCUGGCAGUCCUUUCGCUCAGGGUCCGUGCAAUCAGAACGGCUGCUCGGCUUCUGGAGGUUCGAACAACCCCGUAGGUGGAGUGGUUUCUGGAUCUACUGUUAAUAGUGCUCACAAUGUGUUACAAAACACCGCUGGUAAUCCAUUCUUAAAUGGCCAAUUUCCGAAUCAAGAGCAUACCCACGCUGGGGCCAGUGGAGUAGCCAGUGCUGGAGCAAAUCAAGCUAACGCAGGUCACGGAGGAUUUGGUACUGGACACUUUGGUGGAAAUUUCGGAGGUGGAGCUCAUGGAGGAUUCAGCCAACAAAAUAGUGGUGGAAUCGGUUUAGGAGGUAAUUUCGGUCAUGGUAGUCAAGCUGACGUGGGAUCUAAUACGCUUACCUACGUGCAAGAUGACAGACAUUUUAAUAAUCACGGUGGACUUGGAGUACAUCACAUUGGGGAUGGUAGUAUGCAAGUUGGGUUACAUGGUCAAAGUGGUAGUCAUGGCCAGAUUGGUAUCCAUGGUCAGGCUGGCAUCCAUGGCCAAAGUGGUAUUCAUGGCCAAAGCGGUAUUCAUGGACAAGGUGGUAUGCAUGGCCAGAGUGGUGUCCAUGGCCAACAUGGUAUUCAUGGCCAGAGUGGUGUCCAUGGCCAACAUGGUAUUCAUGGCCAAAGCGGUAUUCAUGGACAGGGUGGUAUCCAUGGCCAGAGUGGUGUCCAUGGACAAAAUGGUAACUAUGGCCAAAGUGGUGUCCAUGGCCAAAAUGGUAACUAUGGCCAGAGUGGUGUCCAUGGCCAAAAUGGUAACUAUGGUCAGAGUGGUGUCCAUGGACAAGAAAGUCAUCAAGAAAGUCAUCAAUCUACUUCUGGUACAAGUGAUGUUAUUACUGGUGGAUAUCCCGUCAUUCCAAAACCCAAUCCACCAUUCGAAACUGGAUACGUCAACUGCCAAGGCGUGGGAAAAGCCUGUGUCACUAAAGCUCAGUGUGUCAAUGGAUACGCUACUAUACCAGGAGUUUCUCCAACAAACCAAGGGAUCCAGAGAUGUAACGUAGCCGUUGAAGUUUGCUGUACCAUCAAGCCACCAGUCGUCGACAAGAAGCCAGAUACCUCGAAUGGAUAUCUGCCGCCGUACGGAAGCUCCCAGUCGCAAGAUGUCUAUGACGUUGUGCUACCACCUCAUGAUGACACCAAGGAGCCCGAGGGUUCGGGAGCCACGAAUCAAGGCACUGUUAUUUUACCAUCGUCUCCGGCUCCCGUCACCUAUCAAACCGGAUGCGCCGCAGCCUUGAAAUGCGUCGAAGAACAGUACUGCACGAUGAUCGGUAUGAUCAGUGAUACGCCCAUCUCGCUAACUGAUGCCCAGAAGCUCAGACGUGUGCCGAUGGUGGAUUGCAGAGAUCCAGACAGCGGCAUUGUUGGAAAAUGCUGUCGUGAUCCAAAUUACGUGGACCCUUGGCCAGCAGGCAACUUACCCGCCAACUACAGCGGUGGUUUCGAUGAGCAGGGAUUCCCAACAUUCCUCAACAUCUCUAAGGCAAAGAAAGCCGGGCAAUCGAAUUUUCGGAAACCAUCGUUCCCCACCCAACCCCUCAAACCGCAAUCUCCUCCAAAUUUUUCAAUUCAGUCGGGUGAACUGAUCAAAUCCCAGUCCCAGCAAACUAAGAGCGCCACGGUUCAGCCGUUCGUGCCUCAGACUAUUCAGACCGAGUCGACUCAGUCGUUCCCAUCUCAACCGAUCCAACCUGGUUUCUCAGACCAGAAAACAGCACUGCCGACACAGAACAUUGUUCCAUCGUUUCCGGAACAACCAGCCUUCCAGAAGCCAGUUUCACCCCAGCUGCCAACCUUCGAUACUCCUCAGCAGCCACAGUUCUCCAAGGGCGGCGUCAUUCAAGCAGGGUCAGCUUUUCCAGACCUUUUGCCAAAAAAUGUUCCCCAGCCACAGUCGCCGCAGUAUAACAACAAUUUCCCCAAUCAGCCAGCUCCAUCUGGUUUCCAACGACCACCAACACCGCAGUCCACCAAAGGGUUCCCAUCUCAACCAUUACCGAAUUUCCCACAGAUAAGGCCACAACCUCCCAAGGAUUUUCCAGCUCCAAUUUUUCCCCAGCCCCAACCACAAUCUAAUAAGGACUAUUCCCCAAAUCAGCCAGGACCAAUCAUCCCGAAGCCACCACUUGACACUCAACCACCUUUCCAGAGUGUCUCGACAACACCAGCUUUUCCCCAACAGUCAUCCACGGGUCAGCAAUUCAUUGACUCCCAAUUCCUGCAGGGAGAGCCACAAGGCUAUCCUGGGUUUCCAAAAACUACGAUAAAACCACCCCAGGAAGAAGAUCUCGUACCUUACCCGAGUGUAGAAAAGAUCCCCCAAUUCGGAGGUGUACACCAGCCAAGGCCGUUCCAGCAAACUCCGCAGUUUCAAGUUAAUCCGAUCAAGAUCUCAAAACCAGUCACUGAAGGCCAGAUCAUUGGAACGCAAGUAAAGACUCACGAGCUCCAGAACAACAAUGACCUCUUCAAGCCUCAGGAAUAUCCUGGCCAGACCUUACACGGAAAGGGGUACGAGGGCUCAUCCACCAAUCAAAACCUAGUCUCCAUUCCACUACACACACCCGGAGCGCAGUGCGGUAUCAUCAAUAGCGUUGCUAACCCAUUGAAAACCAGCGACGUUGACGUAGGAUUCGGUGCCAUUCCCUGGCAAGCAAUGAUCCUCUCCAACGCUGAGAAGAAAUUGCUCUGCUCUGGUGCUGUUGUUGCCCCCAACGUAGUUCUCACUGCUGCUCAUUGUGUAUACGGAAUCUACCCGAGCGAGGUGUCGAUCAAGGUUGGCGAGUGGAAACUCGGCUACGAGCUGAAACACGAGGAGCCUCUGCCCUUCGAAAUCGUCCAAGUCCAAUCGAUCGUCUUCCACCCCAAUUACCAGCCUGAUGUAGCUGGUUACGACACUGCCCUACUUUUCCUGGAGAAGCCAGUCAAACUCGACCUCCACGUUGACACGAUUUGCAUUCCCCAAAACUUUGGCCCGCCAACCCAGAGAAGUUGCAUUUCGGUCGGAUGGGGCAAAGUCAUCCUGCAAACCCACGCGGCUGGUGCAUUGAUGCACAAGAUCGACGUGGACGUGCUGACCCAAGACCAGUGCGCCCAGCGCCUCCAAGAUGCCGAGUCACAGGUGGAUCUCGAUGACAGCUUGGUCUGCGCCAAGGCCCACAAGCAGAACAACAACAUGUGCCAAGUUGAUGUUGGCGGUCCUCUGGCAUGUGACCGUGGCGACGGAAUUUACGAGCUCGUUGGUGUGUACAGUCGAGACACUGGAUGUAAUCCCGUCAACCAGGUGGCGACCUUCGCUCUAGUCGACAACAAGUGGGUCAAUGACAUGCUCGACGGAGGAAUAUCCCAACAGUCGACCCAGAGUGUUUCCGGGUCUUCCGGACAGUUGUCCUCCCAGUACCACUACCACAAGCCCGGGGUACCCUGUGACUGCAGCCAACCGCCACAAACCAACAACGGCUAUCUUCCUCCUAAGUAAAACAAACGUUUGUUUCACACGCAAGCGACAAACGACUGAACGAAUUUUAUUUGGAAGCCGAACAGCUAACAUAACGACGUUGUAUUAUUAUUUUGUACCAUUAACGGCGGCUACGGCGUUCGUUUUUCUCGCACUCGUGAUGACAAGUGCGCGCACACCUUUUUACUUCCUUCCUUUCAGUCCAAAGAAGUUUUGUGGUUUCAAAUUAUUUUGUUAAAAAUUACUUGUUUGAUUUUUACUUAAAAAAAAAAAAAAAUUUUUUUUAUUAAUAUAAGUGAUUCGGUUAGAUGUUGCUGUUGAAAAUUAAUUUUUCAUUUUUCUUGCUUUAGUGGAAUAAUUUGACGAAUACCACGGAAACCAUGCCUCAGAAUCAUGGUUGUAUAAUUUACUAAAAUUUUUUCAAAUUAUGAAUAUCCAUGCAAAACUCACUCACACUUUCGUACAUCAUAUGGUAAUGCGAUUAAAUAAUCUUAUUAGAAAGGAAUUAAAAAUGAUUCGAGUGUAGAAAAAACGAACUCGCAAAAAAUUGUUAAGAUGAGUGGCUUACUGACUUAGCUAAGAUCUUGUUAAAUAUUUCAUAAAAAAAAAAAAAAAAAAAAAAAAAAACAAUGGAAGCCGCUUGUCUUUACGAAUUGUUAUAAUAAGAUAAUGCAAGAAAUCCAAAACGCAAGAUAGUUUAAGAUUGUUACUGUAAGCUUAGAUUAAUGCCUGCACGUAGAUGUAAGACUACUCGUAUUAAGUUUUUAUAAUAACAUUUAAUUUUUUUGUAUUACAAGAGCAUGUACUAUACAACACGCAAAUGAUAUUGCUUUUAUAUAAAUAUAAAUUAAAUAACUGUGAUACAAAAAAUAAAA